AUUUUCUUCUUCCUACAUCCCUUGUCUUUCUCCCGAGAAGCAGCGGACCUUUGUUUAUCGUAGGUUAUAAAAGGGUACUCAACCAGCCUUUCAAGUUCUUUACCUCAGUCCUUCACCAUCACCAUCGACAAAUCACCAUGUCCGACAAGGCUGCACGACGCGCAAGAUUUGAGAAUAUAUGGAGCGUCAUUCGCGAUGAGCUGGUGGAGCAUUUCAAGAGCCAUGGUAUGCCCCAGGAAGCAGUCGAUUGGUAUUCCAGGAAUCUGGACUACAAUGUUCCCGGUGGCAAAUUGAACCGUGGAAUGUCCGUCGUCGACACUGCUGAAAUACUCAGAGGUCGUCCGCUCACAGAACACGAAUAUCUCCGAGCUGCGGUUCUUGGAUGGGGUGUCGAACUUCUUCAAGCAUUUUUCCUCGUCUCAGAUGAUUUGAUGGAUUCCUCCGUAACUCGUCGGGGUCAACCGUGUUGGUAUCGUGUUGAGAAACCUCACAAAGUCGGAAUGGUCGCCAUCAAUGACUCCUUCAUGCUCGAGGCAGCCAUCUACUAUCUUUUGAAAAAACAUUUCAGGCAAGAACCCUAUUAUGUCGAACUGUUCGAACUCCUUCAAGAAGUAACCCAUUUCACCGAGAUGGGUCAACUAAUCGAUCUCAUUACUGCCCCUGAAGGGCACGUCGAUUUGAAUAAUUUCUCCUUAAAAAAACACUCCCUCAUCGUGAUCUACAAAACUGCCUUUUACUCCUUCUACCUCCCCGUUGCUCUCGCCAUGCGUAUGUGUGGCGUCCCGGAAUCUUACAAUGACUCAUCUACCGGAUCAACCAUCAAAUCCUACGAAGUAGCCAAAUCCAUCCUUAUCCCUCUUGGCGAAUACUUCCAAAUCCAGGACGAUUUCCUUGAUUUCGCCGGUACCCCAUCUCAAAUAGGUAAAGUCGGAACGGACAUUGUCGACAACAAAUGCUCGUGGGUUGUCAAUACGGCUUUGGCUAUUGCUACCCCUGAGCAACGCAAAAUUCUUGAGGACAAUUAUGGUGUUAAGCCGAAUGAGGAGGAGAAGGCCAAAGCUCGCACGAUGGCUGGAAGUAAGAAUGGGGAGGAACAGGGGUAUUUGGGGGAAGCAGAAAAGAGGGUCAAAGCUGUGUUUGAGGAAAUGGGGAUCCGUGAAAAGUAUAGGGAAUUGGAGGAGGAACGCUACAGACAGCUCACCAGUAUGAUCAACGCCAUUCCUGAGGCACCCCAGGGUCAGGAGGGCGUGUUGAGGAGAGAGGUGUUCACGAGUUUCCUCAAUAAGGUCUAUCGCCGUCAAAAGUAA